CAACAUUUGUAAAUGUCACCACAUGAUUUUAGCAAGUAGAAAUUUUAUAAAAACGGUUUUCAAUUUAUGUUUCAACACGCAUUAUUUAUUUUUGAUUAGUAAGUGUUUUCCGUGUUGAAUUUUACUUAAACUGAUUAGUGUAUUGCGAAGUUAAUUAUUUGCAAGAGUAGGGAUUUUUGUCUUAAGUGUUGUCAGCCCGUGAUGUUUAUGCAUAAAAAAAAUUGACAGAAUUUUAUAAUUUUGCGCAAUUUUUCUGUUUACCAGUGCCAUAAUUAGUUAUUUGAGCCCUUUCAAAGUGUAUAGUUUUGAUUCUAAACCACUUGAAAACAUUGCAAGAAACUAUAAUAAUAACUCAUUAGAGCUCUACAUUGGAACGCUUGCUUUUGGUUUUCCUCUUAAUUUUCAAGUUACAAUCAGGAAGAAAUGGGUCGUAAGUGUGGCGUAGAGGACUGUUUGUCCGAUUCAAACAGACCCGAGGACAUAGGAGUAACGUUUCACAAAGUCCCAAGCCAUAGUGAUACUCGCCAGAAGUGGAUAUCUUUAUGUCGCAUCCCUGAAGACAAGAAAAGCAUGAAGGUGAUUUAUAUUUGUUCUCGUCACUUUCUACGCAUGGAUUUUUGUAAUUUUAAAGGAAAGAAAUAUAUUUUGCGUCAGGGUGUACUCCCGAGUGUAUUUCCUUGGGAUAAGUCAAAACUGGAAGCUAUCAAAACCACAAAGAGUGAACCUGAAAAGACACAAGAUAAACCAGAUGAGAAGGAAGCAGAUAGUGAAAAAACUGAGACUGAGGAGGUUUCUAUGAAAGAAGAACCAGAAGAACCAAAUGAAGAUAAAGUAGAAGAUGGUCCACCAACAGAUUCAGCAAAGAGUAAAGAGAAAAGUGGAGAAGCCAAAGAAAAAAUAAGAAUGAAUGCGAAUGGACCUAUAAAUUUUGCAAUAAAUUCUCGAAUUGAGGCUUUAGAUAAUAACAAUACAUGGUACCCUGCCAGAAUAGUGGAGGAGGAUUAUGAAGGAAACGAGGUGUUGAUUCACUUUGAGAAGUUUUCUAGUAAAUAUGAUGAAUGGAUUUGUAUGGACAGUCCUAGAUUAAGGCCCCUGCAGUCACACUCCGGUAAGAAAACUCUCCAACAAUUCACUGUUGGGGAACGCUGUUUGGCGGCAUGGACAGGCAAUAGAAAAUUUCCUGCUACUAUAACUAAAGUUUUGCCCAAUGAUACAUAUGAAGUUUUAUUUGAUGAUGGCUUUGUCAAGAACCUGAAAGCCCAUCUGAUUUGUAAAACAGAAGGUCGUCCAACGCAGUCUUCGCCAUUGUUUGAUCCCAUCCAAAGUUCAAAGCAGGAACGUCGAGAAAAGAAGAGAAAAAUUAACAUUGCUGCUCUAUUUGGAAAACGCCCGCGUUUGGAUAUCACAGACGAAAAACCCAAAACGCCAAGCCACUCUCACAUUUCACAACCACAAAACACCACAGAUCCAUCUGAAGAAGUGUUUGACCCUUGGGUGCCACAGUGGGAAGAUGGAAAACCAGUAGGUACAGAGGCACAAAUUGAAACCACUGAUGGAACUAGAAAGUCCAUCAUUGUUCCGGAUCCACGAUUGCCGGAGGGUUGGACUAAACAUUUAGCCCAGAGGAUGCAUGGGGCUUCGGCGGGUAAAUGGGACACCAUAAUAGUCAGCCCCGACAAUCGCAGAUUUCGGUCAAAAUCCGAAAUAAAGUCGUACUUGGAAGACACCAAACUGAUGAAAUACAACUGGUCAAUGUUUGACUUUACAAUUCAUCGUCCACGAAACCGCAGAAAGGAGCCCGAAUUAGCAUCGAAUUUCCACCCGGAAAUCCCUGUUGAACAGCCACUUGUCGAGCAUGAUGAGAGUUCCGAGUUAGCCCCCGAAGAAGAAGAAAAUAAAAGUCUUCUUAAAAUACCAAUCGUCGACGACGGUUACCAAUGCCCUAUCGACGGUUGUGGAAAAACAUUUCGGAAAGAGAACUUAGCCCAAAUGCACGUCAAACAUUAUCAUCCCGAAUACAUGAAAUUCCUUGAUUCGACUCCGAACGUUGCUGAUUUAGCUUACGCCAGAACCGUGGGCGAAUCGCUCGAUAAAUCUCCCGGAAGCAAAACUCCGGCUGCAAAACCGUUACAAAAGUCGGCAAUUCCACGAUCUGCGACAAAAACACACUCACCACAACUCGAUUCAGACAAACCUCACUCGCCACAAUCGCACAAAAUUAAAGAUUCCGAGAUCAUUAAACUGUUGAACACGAAAACGGCUGAUGGUAGGAAAGAGAGCGAUCCUGUUAAAGCCUUGCCUGCCGGUUUGCCGUCUAGUAUGUACCCUGAUUUUAAGCUAAAAGACCUUUUGAGUAAGUCUGAAGGGAUUCCGAGUCACAACGACCUCAGUUUGAGGGCUCUGAGUACGACUAGACCUCCCGCGGGAAUAAAAACUUUGCUACCUGUCAGACCGGAAAAUAAGACAAGUCAGCCGUCGCCGGAAUCAGAAAACGUCACAAACAGAUUAAAGUCAACUUUGAGGCGUAAGCGAGGAUUGGUCGACUCGGUCGACAGUCCUAAAGGUAAUGAACCACCAGAAAACACCUACAUUCCACUGGAGACACCGCCACUUUCCGAACCUAAUAACAUUAUUAUUGAAGGUGGUAAGGUGAUCAAAAUUGUAAGAAUGAAACAAGAAGAAAUCAUCAACUGCACCUGUGGAUUCACCGAGGAAGAUGGCCUUAUGAUCCAAUGCGACUUGUGUUUGUGUUGGCAGCACGCCUCUUGCAACAACAUCGAGCGAGAAAGUCAAGUACCAGAGAAGUACGUGUGUUACAUUUGUCAAAAUCCGAUACGACAGAGACUGUCGAAAAAGUACUUCCACGACCAGGACUGGCUCAAACAUGGUGUACUCGCAACAACGAGUUUUCACACAAAAGACGAGGAAAUGCUUAGUAAGAGAUUCGAAAAGUUGAAAAAGUCGCACGAUAUUUCUGGGGGGCUACUCGAAGUGAGGGAGUUUGUAAAUACGCUAAAGGUUAAAUUGAAAAUAGCCGAGGCGAAAAACCACCCGAAAUUGUAUCUCUGGUCCAAACCAUGGGAAAAAUUACCGUUGCCUGAGAAGUGUGAAGAUGAAAAGCCGAAAGAAAUCAAAAGUGAGGAUGAGAUUAAGACGGAAAGUCCGAUCAAAGCGGAGCCUAAUUCCGAUUCGAUGUUAAUGAUGAUUUUGAAGAAUACCAAAGAGGAGAGUGCUGGUGAAGAUAAUUUGGAUAAGUUGCCGCCCCCGAUUAUACCGCAACCAGAAGCUGCGAUUGAUUCCAGUGUUUGUCGAGUGAAUUUAUUGGAACACAUUGCACAUGCCCAGUCGCUGGUUGAAGAGAGAUUGGAUGAUUUUGAAAAGCAAAUUGACCAGCUUGAAGACACUUCUAUUUAUGAGAAUGAUGAAGAUUACCCGAGGACGAGACAAACACUGCAUAUGCUACUUCGGGAUUUGAAUACGUUGCAAGAGUUGAGCCAACUAACGACAUUAUGAUGUUAUUUUCGAAUUUUUUGUUUUGUUUGAAAUAUAUGUCUUGUCAAAGACAAAUACAUAUUUUAGACUGUU